AUUGUUUACGUUCAUUCAUUAUUUGUAAAUUAAGCAUUGUGGUAAAAAACGGGUCUGCGGCCACACGUGUUUACAGGUUUUGUAAUUUUGGCAGUAUUUGCAUUAAGUUUAACUCUACAAGAUUAUGUUUUUGUUCUUUGCGAUCGCCCUCGCUUGUAUACAUAGCAGCAUAACUGCCAAUGUGAUACCUCAGGAGAUAUCGCGUCUCAAUUUCUUCGACACAGAUCUGCUGCGAUAUGCAGCGGAAGACAGGAAGGGCAAUGUCAUGGUGUCACCGGCCAGUAUAAAAUCAGCUUUAGCGAUGAUUUUGGAAGCGGCCAGUGGUAGCACAGAAACUGAAAUCAGAAGUGCUUUAAGAUUGUCACCAUAUAAGGAUGAAUUGAGGGAGCAGUUGAAUUUGUAUCUAGCAUCUCUUAACGCAAAUACCCCAGGAGUCAAGCUACAGAAUUCAAACUCAGUAUUCAUAUCGAAUAGGCUAAGACUCAGGAAGGAUUUCGAGCAAAUCGCGCGUAACGCAUACUUCGCCGACCUGGUUCCAGUGGACUUCAGUAAUUCUCAGAGUGCUGCUGAUACCGUAAAUAAAUGGGUCAACCAACGCACCAAAGGUCUUAUCCCACAGAUUGUUGAAGCUACGGAUAUCAACCCAACGUCAGAUGCUCUCAUCUCAAAUGCUCUAUACUUCAAGGGUCUUUGGAAGCAUGCGUUCAACCCUAAAUAUACGAGAGCUGGUUGCUUCCACGUCGAUAAUGCCUGCCAGAAUGCAGUAAUCAUGGAACUGCACGAUGAUAUGAACUACGGCUUUGUCGAUAACCUUAGGGCACACGCUAUUGAAUUGCCAUAUGAGGGUGGACGCUACUCCAUGAUUCUUUUGGUUCCCCUGGAAAGAGGAAGCCUGAGUACCUUAAUCCGUGAUCUGCCUUACAUGAGUCUUCCUCAAAUAUCUGAAUUAAUGGAAACCACUAAUGUUCGCCUCACUAUGCCUAAAUUCACUGUUGAUUAUAGUGACAGUAUGGUCGGGCCUUUGCGCAAUAUGAGGAUCAAUACAUUAUUUACAAAGAACGCGAGUCUCCCCGGAAUGUUCGAGAGCGGUGCCCCCCAAGUGACGGAUAUUCUGCACAAAGUAUUCAUGUCUGUAGAUGAAACUGGCACAGUAGCGGCCGCAGCUACAUCUGCUAUGGUGAUACCUCUCAUAGAAGACGGAGUUCAACUCAAUGUAGACAGACCUUUCUUGUUCUUCAUCAGAGAUAAUGAGUUGGGGUUGAUAUUGUUCGAGGGAAAGAUUGAAGAGCCUUUAGUCAUUGUGGAUGAUAAGGUUGCUGAAUUGUGUGCUCACGUCUUUAGGCUCAGUUCAGCUGCCCUACUCAGUGACUAUGGUUUUUUAUCUAAUCCUCUUGAAGUUAGCCAUUGGCUGCAAUCUCACCAGGUGUUAACUGAAGCGAUCUGCAAAAUGAGGCCGUUACUUCUAGUGCUGGUUCUGGCAGUUGGGCUUACAAGCGCUCGGUGGAUGAGAAAACAGCGAUCUGAUCAACCUAAGGACACAAGUUUUAUUGGAGAGGCUACCAAUGAACUUUCUACAACAAUUCUACAGGGAUACAUUGACGAUGACAAAGAUAUCGCAUUCUCUCCGCUUGGCUACUCAACAAUCCUCGCCAUUCUUGCUGAAGGUGCAAAGGGAGAAACAAGAAGCCAACUUGUAUCAGCUCUUCAUUUACCCGAAGAUCAAAAUCUUAUAAGAAAAACUUACCGCUACAUCAUGGAACGAUUGAAAUUUAGAAAUCAAUACAAAUAUAAUCAACCAGAGUUGAAGAACUUUUUCUAUAUUUACAAAAACUAUACAAUAAACGAAGAUUACAAAAAGAUUUUAGAAGAUUUCUAUUUGACUGAUGUAAGGUCAGUUGAAAGGUACCACAUGCUUGAAGAUUCAGAAGACCAUGAAGACGAAAAAGUAAAAAAAGAUGAACCAAAGAAGGAAGUCGUAGAGGACCUUAUGCCACCUAAAGAGUCCAAUGAAAAGUUAAUUUCUUAUGCUGUGGAAGAUAUACCUACCAAAGUUGAUAUCACUCAUAUUAAUUACAAACCUGCUAAAAACAUUAAGGAAAAAAUCAAGUAUGUUAAGAACUCCCAAGAUACAAAGAAAUAUGAAACCGAUGAUGAAGAGGAAACAAUGGUAGCAGUUGAAGCUAGAACCCAUGCGAAGAGUUUUGAAUAUAGAGUUCUUAAUGAGAAAAAUGAUAUAGCUUCAAGCAUCUCAGUAAACAGUGUGGGAGAAAAGGCCAGUAAAUCAACAAAUUCUUUAAUGCUCAUUUUUAAUGGCAUGUACUUCCGCGGUUCUUGGAAAAAGCCUUUCGACAAAGUGGAAUCUGGUGUUUUCUACAAAUCCAAUACUGAGAAGAAGCAGGUGCAAAUGAUGAAGACUCUUGGUAGUUACAAGACCAAUUCGUUCCCUGAAUUAGAUAGUGAGGCUAUACUGUUGCCCUAUGAUGGUGAUCGCUAUGCUCUCUUAUUGCUCGUUCCACGUUCAAGGGACGGUCUGAUUAGACUUGUUGCCGAUCUGCCAGCAGUUUCAUUAACGGAAAUUCAGGAAAGGCUACGUGAAGAGGAAUUACAGGUUUCAUUGCCCACAUUCUUCGUGGAAACUACUACUAAGCCUGUUGCGGCGUUGGCUAAGUUUGGAGUAAGCAGUAUCUUUGGUCGGGAUGCUGAGUUAACAGGAAUAUCAGAAAAGCAAGGCCUGUUCGUUCAGGAGCUUGUACAAAAUGUUGCUGUUCGUGUGGACAAUACUGAUGCAUCAGCAAGCGCGAUUGGAGCCAGCAACGCUGCCGAGUCGUUGGAGUAUCUGGAAUCAUUAAAGAAUCUUCCUCUUCACGAAACAAAAGAGCCACGCCGCUUCUGCGUUGAGCAUCCAUUCGUGUUCUACAUCGUUGAUCGUUUGGACAAUCUUGUCAUUGUCGCGGGCAAAGUCACCGACCCACAGUCACCAUCUGAGAAAAAUUUUAAUUACUAAAUGAACAUUACUCUUUCGGAAACAAAAAACACUACUGUAGGUAUUAAAGGCGAUCUUCGUAAGUGAAAAUUAUCUCGAAAAAAUUUAGAAAUGUUUAUGCAUAAAGUGUAUUUGUACUGAAUUUGAACGCAAAAUACGCAAUGACUCUCACAGGUAUGCUAGAAAUUAAUAUGUACUUAUACAUGACCGCUAUCCGAUGGUAGCCUUAUAUAUUAGUGAAAACUUAUGUUAAAAUUUUUGUUAGACUUUUUCUUUAACUAUGGAGUAGUUUCAAGCUCACUCUUAUUAUAAUAACAGUAGAUUUUCUAUACCUACUGUAUUUAAACGAACCGGAUGAAUUCCCAACAAAACCAGAUGCAUUUGAUAAUAAAAAAGUACACAGCGUAGUUUGUAAUUUAGUUUAAGGUUUAUUUAUUAUUAACUAUAUUAUUAUUGUGUGAUAUUUC